AUCCUCACUAGGCCUCCGCUCAUUCGAUGGCUGCCUCGAAACUGUUCAGUACUAAACACUGUUGAGGACCAUCUUACGCCACGUUGACCUGCACUAAGUUUCUGAGGGAAAUCUCGUCCGUUUCACUUCACUACUUUUAUCUGUCGGCUUCAGUUGCUGUCACGAUAUUCCCCUACUGACGACAACAAAAUGACAUCGUGAUAAUAAUAAACGAUACCUGAUAGUUAAUAUGCCUUUCACUGUCAUCAAUCAGUAAUAAAGUCGUAUCAUAAUCAAUAACAAUACAUCAGAAUUCAUUUGAAUCUGCCAAGUUAUCAAAUGAUUGUGGUGAAAUAAAAAUAUUUGCAUUUGAAUUAAAGGGUUGAAGUGCUAAGUGGCAGAAAAUGGAAGUACUCAAGUAAAGUACAAGUACCUCACGACAGUACCUGCGUGCAUCCUGACGUUUGAAAGUCUGAGCCGUCAAACUCAGGCGUGAGUUCACCUGGUGUGCGAAGUGUUGUUUUCACACUGAAUUUCUCACUGCAGCUUCAGCUUCCAUGUUGCCACCCCGAGGCAAACAUCUGAAGUCGCUUUCUUUAUUAAAAUCUAAAAAUAAAGCUGCAGAAAGCUCAACGAGAAGAGCAACUGUUUGACGCGGAUCGCAUCCACAGCAGGUGAGCAGGUACGGCAACACCACCUGGACAAACCACACGCACAACUGCGUGCUUCCCGAACAUCACAAUAUUUUAAACUAACAAUAAGAUAGAACACUUUGUGUACAAGGAGCACGAAAGGAAGAAAUAAAAAAUGAAUACACUUACACAGAAAAUACGCGCAAUAUACCAGUUAUACUCCAAAAAACUUCAUGUAUCUGUGGCAGUGAGUGCCGUGUAAAGGAAAAGGUGUUCGCGACCCACACGGGGUGCGUUCACUGGACCCCGGGAAGCCGAAAGUCUUCUGCUGGGCUCCGCUCUUCGGUGUGUUUCCACCACUCUGCAGUGAGCAGAGCUGGUUUUGAUGAACCCCUUCUCAUCGAGGACUGUGCAGUCUCUUAGUUGGCUCUCCGUGUUGACUGACGGAAAGGGACUUCACUGAGGAACCUAUCAGGGUCAGUGGCUUGGUGGGAUGCGUCAUGGCUACGGCGUGCGGCAGAGCGUACCGUACGGCAUGGCGGCCGUCAUCCUCUUCCCUCUGCGAACAUCCAUAAACUCCCUCCGCUCCGAGCACAGCCACGGCCCUCCGGCUGUGCUGGAGGACGGCAGCGCCACCACACCCACAGACGGGGUGGUGGCCGGGCUGGCCGGGAGCCCAGUGGGACGAGGUGGGUUUGCCCUGACAGCUCCAAGUGAGGCCGAACGCCAGAGGAAAAGAAAAGGCCGCUUCCGCCAGUCCAUCCUGAGCGGCCUGAAGCUGCGCCGCUCUGAGUCCAAAAGCUCGCUGGCCAGUCAGCUCAGCAAGCAGAGCUCCUUCUGCAGCGAGGCCGGCAUGAGCACCGUCAGCUCUGCUGCAUCUGACAUCCACUCCAACGCCAGCGAGAGCGAACAAGGUGCUCCCGUGGACGCCACCGUCACAGAAAUGUACGCUGGCGAGUGGCGGAGCGACCAGAGGGCCGGCUGGGGCGUGAGCCGGCGCUCAGAUGGCCUGCAUUACGAAGGCGAAUGGGCGGCGAACAAGAGGCACGGCUACGGCUGCACCACCUUCCCUGAUGGCACCAAGGAGGAAGGAAAGUACAAGCAGAACGUGUUGGUGAGCGGCAAACGCAAGAACCUGAUCCCACUGAGGGCCAGUAAAAUCAGAGAGAAGGUGGACCGGGCUGUUGAGGCUGCCGAGAAGGCCGCAGACAUCGCCAAGCAGAAAGCAGAGAUCGCCAUGUCAAGGAUGAGCCACGCUCGUGGGAAGGCGGAGGCCGCCGAAGGGGUGGCGCAGAAGGCCAUGGAGGAGUGUCGACUGGCCCGGAUAGCUGCCAAAGAGCUCUCUCCCUCCUUUCACAUCUAUGGAAAUGGGCUCGAAUGUCAGAGGCCCAAGCACCAGGACGCCAAGGACAAAGACCAUGAGGUGAUCUCCACGGGAACAGACAGUCCGGAGCUGUGCACUCCGGACACCACGCCGCCUGUAAUCACACCUGAACUCAGCCCCGUGCUGAGCGUCCCCACCUCGCCCCCCCACAGCCCGCCCAAGCACGCCCAUCGUCCCAGAAAUGCUUGCUUCAUGCGCCAGAGUGCCGUGGACGAUCAGGGCGGGGCUGAGAUCCAGGUGCUGGUGGAGGGGCGGGGGAUGGAUCUGCCGAGGGGAGGGGCUAACAAUUGGACCGAUGACAUGUAUCCGGACCGAGGAGGCAGCAGCCGCUCGACCACGCCCUCCCUUCUGGAGGAGCAGGAGGGCCAAAUUAACGGCCACGAGCAAGCCCCUUUGUCCAACCACAAACCACGGGAGAAAUCCUUGUCCAAUCACAAGUCCCGGGAGCACGCUUCCUCCUAUAGAACAUGGGAGCAUUCCCUGUCCAACCAAAAGCCCUCCAAGCAUGCCUCUUCCAAUCACAAGUCAAGGGAGUACUCGUCCUCCAAUCACAAAACAUGGGAUCACUCUUCCACCAAUCACAAGGCCUGCGAGCAUGCCUCUUCCAACUACAGGCCGCAGGUGCACAUUUUAUCCAAUCACAAGGCCUUGGAACACAAUAUGUCCAAUCACAAGACUUCUGAGCAUGCUUCUUCCAAUCACAAGUCCCAAGAUUAUAUCUCCUCUAAUCACAAUGCAAAGGACCACGUCUCUUCUAGUUACAACCCUCGAGAGCAUGUCUACUCCAACCACCAUCCAAAGCAGCACAACCCCUCCAACCACAAGCUUAACGAGCAUGCUGUGAUCGACCAAAGGCUAGACGGCUUCACCGGGGGCUGGACUGCUGAAAGCACCCUCAGGUGGAGCCCCACCCACUCACGCCUCACAGAGCAGGACGAGGAGCGGACGAAUGACUAUACGGUUGACAUGAGGCUUCAGUGUCCCGACUCGCAGACGUCUCAGGGGCUGAGCCUUGAGUCCCCGCCCCCCAAAAACAACAGGCUGCGAUCCCGAGGCCUUCGGCCGGUCAGAGAGGGAUCCAUGGACUCUGUACAGAUGCUGGACAACCUGAAUGUGGGGGCGGAGCUGGAGGAGUGGCCGCUGCACAGGGACCUCACCCUCUCCCCGCCCCUGAAGUCUCAGCCCAUCACUCUGGAGCAGGAAGGAGAGCAUCUCACCCUCAAAUCAAACUCAGGCUCCAGUUCUAUCCUGGUGGUUAUGGUCAUUUUACUCAAUAUCGGAGUAGCCAUUCUUUUCAUUCACUUCUUUAUUUAAGCUUAUACAGGUAUGAUCUACUAAGACUUAUUGAUAACUACGGUAUAUUAUAUUAUUACUUACCGAGACGGAC